GCCUGCGGGCUGCAGCGCUGAGCCGGGCUCUCCGGCCCCGGCGCGCCGAGCGCUCGCGUGGGAGUUUGUGCGAGAGCGAGUGAACGCGGCCCGGGGCGGGGCCCGCACGGAGGAGGCGCCCGGACCAUGGUCACCCUCGGCUGAGUUUCCGGCGGCGACUUUGAUUACUGGCAAAUAAUCAUAACAAUACCGAGCCCCGGGGCUGGUCGCCGCCACGCACAGACUCCGCGGGCCGGCACGCGGCCGCGUCACCCACCUCCCCGCGCUGAUCGCCAAGCCCUAACGAGCCGAUGGAAAAAUCCAAAAAUUUCCGCAUCGACGCGCUGCUGGCCGUGGACCCCCCGCGAGCGGCCUCGGCGCAGACCGCGCCGCUGGCCCUGGUCACGUCGCUCGCGGCCGCCGCAGCUGGCCCCGGGGGCGGCGGCGGCGGCGGCGGCGGCGGGGCGAGCGGCGGGGCGAGCGGCGGCUGCAGCCCCGCGUCCUCGGAGCCGCCCGCGGCGCCCGCCGACCGCCUGCGCGCCGAGAGCCCGUCGCCGCCGCGCCUGCUGGCCGCGCACUGCGCGCUGCUGCCCAAACCGGGCUUCCUGGGCGCCGGCGGCGCGGGCGGCGGGGCGGGCGGAGGCGGAGGCGGGCCCGGGGGGCCCCACCACCACGCGCACCCCGGCGCCGCCGCCGCCGCCGCCGCCGCCGCCGCCGCCGCCGCCGCCGCCGCGGGGGGUCUGGCGCUGGGGCUGCACCCUGGGGGCGCGCAGGGCGGCGCGGGCCUCCCGGCGCAGGCGGCGCUCUACGGCCACCCGGUCUACGGCUACUCGGCGGCGGCGGCGGCGGCUGCGCUGGCCGGGCAGCACCCGGCGCUCUCCUACUCGUACCCGCAGGUGCAGGGUGCGCACCCCGCGCACCCCGCCGACCCCAUCAAGCUGGGCGCCGGCACCUUUCAGUUGGACCAGUGGCUGCGGGCGUCCACCGCGGGCAUGAUCCUGCCCAAGAUGCCCGACUUUAACUCCCAGGCGCAGUCCAACCUCCUGGGGAAGUGCCGCCGGCCACGCACCGCCUUCACCAGCCAGCAGCUGCUCGAGCUGGAGCAUCAGUUCAAGCUCAACAAGUACCUGUCGCGGCCCAAACGCUUCGAGGUGGCCACCUCCCUGAUGCUCACCGAGACCCAGGUGAAGAUCUGGUUCCAGAACCGGCGGAUGAAGUGGAAGCGCAGCAAAAAGGCCAAAGAGCAGGCAGUGCAGGAGGCCGAGAAGCAGAAGGGCGGCGCGGGCGCGGGCAAAGGCGGCGGCGCCGAGGACCCGGGGGACGAGGAGCUGCUGGGGCCGCCGGCGCCCGGGGACAAGGGCAGCGGACGCCGCCUGCGGGACUUGAGGGACAGUGACCCCGAGGAGGACGACGACGACGACGACGAGGACCAUUUCCCCUACAGCAACGGCGCUAGCACGCACGCCGCCUCCUCUGACUGCUCCUCCGGGGCCGACUCGCCUCCCCCGCGGUCCGGCGGGCCCGGCCACCAGCCCCCGCCCCAGUAGGGGCCCCGCGGCCGGCGGGUGGCGGUACGGCCUGGAUGCUGCGAGCCCUCCCAUGCCCCCCGGGUCCGCCCCCCAGGCCCGCGAGCGGAGGCGGCCCGGUCCCGGGGGCUGCCCUUGUGGGCCCCAGCAGCUGUCUGCUCCUCAAGGGACGGAAAGAGGGAGGCCCAGCAGGUUCAAACUUGAACUCUGGUUCUUUUUAAUUUAAUUUGGUUUGCGUUGCGGGGAGGUGUUUCUGAGAAGAACUGACCAUCAGGGGAGGCUCCCAGUUCCCCUCUUGCCGAAUGGAGAAGGCGGAAACCUACAGUGUUAAACCAUCUCCGAAACUUGAAACCUUCUCUGGAUACGCCGUUCUUCUGAGUGUUGAAAAAAGAAAAAA